GUUGUCAAAGUUAAUUAUUUUAUUCGCUGCAUUUAGAUACUUUAAUAUGCACUCUCUAAAAGUAAUCCAAGUGACCAAAUUCGUUAUACACUUUAUAUCUAAUGAAUGACGUAAUCAUCGCGAAAGUGCUGAGUCUUUACGCUGAGUCAAUCGCUAGGUUUUUCCCGCCGGGAAAUGACAUUGUGCCGCUCACGUUUCCCGCCAAGCAAGAUACGCGCGUCUGCGUGGAAGAGCGAGUCUAACCUUAUCUGUCUAAUGGACACAGCAGUGUGACAUAUACUUGCAUGUACUCACUCGCCGAGUUGGUGAUUGAUUCUAUACAGGUGUUUUCGACAUCGAGACGCGUCUCGCAGAUUCGCAAUCCCUUUAGUCUUUCCUACGGCGUACGCGCGACUUCUGGAUCUUUAUCUUUAAGGUGUCCGAGAACGUGCUUGCAGUCGUGUCUGCGCUUGGGUCCCUUUUGUUUAUUCCAUUGAGGCAUCAGUAUAACGUAAAUAGUAUAAUUUACAGUAGUUUGUCAGCAGGCCAUAGAGAUGGUUUGUCUUUAAGCUGAACAUUUUUCCUCUAAUGAUGGCACAAACCAGAAUAGAUCAGUAUUAUAAAGUUACAAGCAAUAACAAAAUAAAGGAAUCUGAAAGUGUAAAAGGCAAUAUUGAAAAGUCAUCUAAUGCGAGAUCCAAAAGCCCAAUUAUUGGAAGGACGAAAGGUAGACAAGUAUCAAGCAAUUCAAGAACUCCUAUACGUAAGAACAAGCAAAGCCCAUAUAAAAUAAACAAAAAACAAAAUGGAAUGCAUGAUAAUGUCUCGUUUGGCAGUGGGGCAUUUCCUUUCAAGGCUAAUAUGAAUAACAGUCCAAUUAAAAUUGCAGAAAAUAUGACAGUAAUGUCACCAACCAUUGAACAUAAUUCUCCUGAUAUAAUAUGUGUUGAAAGUCAACAAUGUACUGUAUCACACAGUAAUAUAAAGUCCACUCCCAAGACAUUUGUAACAAAAAACGUGCGAGAAUCAUUACCCGCAAAGAUACCGCGAAGGAAAUUGUUCAUGGAUAAAGCCAAGUACAGUCCAACUAAAUUAUUCGAAAAUAGAAUCGAGAAUAGUCCAACUAAAAUUAUAGAAAAUAAGACAAUAAUGUCUCCAACCACUAAACAUACUUCUCCUGAUAUAAUAUAUGUUGGAAGUCAACAACAUACUGCAUCAUACAGUGGUACAAAGUUUACGCCAAAAACAUCGUCUCCAUUAAAAAUCACGCUAAAUAAGUCAUCUCCAAUGAUAACGCGAAAGAAAUUGUUCAACGAUAGAAUUGAGGAACUAACAUCCGCAACGAUAAGUAAUUUAAAUUUAGCCAAAGAAGGAGCCAUUGCUAACAAUGACAUUGAUCUGGAAAAGGUUUACUCGAGUAAGAAAUUUAACUACAAAUACAAUCCCAUAGACACUACAGUUUCGACAAAAUACGAAAUUAACGAUGUAGUUGUACCUACGGAUAAGAAUUCACUACUUUUCUUCCUAGCUAUUGUUACUGUAUUCUCUAAACCAAUCAAUUGCGGAUAUUUCGAUCAGGACGAAUUGGAUUUCGUAUUUUCGAUGAUCACUCUUCGAAGAAAUGCACAAGCAUUACUGAUACGUAUGCUGAAAAGGAAGCAUACGUGGCAUAGGAUAAGCAAUAUUAAAUACGAUGAGAUAUCCAAUGAUUUGAAGCCCAUCUUUGAUGAGCUUGUAUCACGAUCUAUGUUUAAAAAUAACAUGGAUGAAGAAAAUAUAUUCAGUUUACUGAACUUGCUGCACGCCAAUGAAGUUAGCAAGAUUUGUAAGGAAUUAAAGAUCAGUAUUCGUGGAAAAAGGUUGAGUAUAGAAUCAAUUUUGACAUUUUGCAAAACGAAAUCAUUGUUUCCCGGAAUGACGACUCCUGCCACUAAACUACGCGCGUCGGUCAACAAGCUUUUGGGGGAUUGUAUAUUAUUGAACGACAAAGUAAAAGAAUUGGUUGAUAGAAUAAUUACGUUGCUGAUACCUAAUCGAAAUCCUGACGAGACGUUUGUGGAUGUAUUUCAAACGUUAUGGAACGUUGAGGCGGAUGAGCUAGAGUUUCCAGAAGUAACUAUAAGUGACCUGCCUAUCUUCGUCAGCAAAAGACAUUUGCUAGAUUAUAUUGAAGCUAAAAAUGCAUUGACUAAUAUAUUAACUGCAAUUGAGAAAAAACAAUGGGAUACCGUACAGAAUUUUGGAACUUUAGCUGCGCAACGUUUACCACUCUUCUUAGAAGUAGAAUCGGAAAGUUUUCAAGAUUCUAGUCUGCCUCAUCACAUUAGACACUUUAUGCCAGGUUACAUAUGGCUCAAAGUCUUAUCGAAAAGCAUCGAUGCAUUUAAAAAGUCCAAGGAAACGCUGUCACAGGCGAUACAAUUUUUGCUAAUAUUAAUAGAGCAGAAUUGUCAUAUGAAACAUAGAAAAGGCGAAUGGUAUAAUGAAUUGAUUAAGAUAGAAAUGUUUCAUAAGAAAAAUUUUGAAGCUAGUUUUAUGUUCUUAUCACAAGCAAUGUUAUGUGAGAACCUGACAGAAGUUGAUGAAUUCAACCUGUUCGACAGAGCAAAAAAAAUUGAUAAAAGAAAAUCCGGUAUCGAAAAAAGAACAAAAAACUCUGUUAAAAUUAUGUUGAACAGUGUAUUUAGCAAGAUACAACUUACACAUCAGAAUUCCAAGACGAUAGAAGGAACAGCAUGCGAGAAUACUUCACAGGGGAAGAGCACUUGGUGUAUCAGCAGGGGAAUAGACCAAGUAUACGGUUCGGUCGAAAGUCUGGCGAUAUAUCAUUACAAAAACGAAGGAUAUAUCAAAGGCGUGCACUGUGAAGGUGCCUUUCCAAUCACCCUGUUCGCUACAUUAUUUUGGAACGAAAUAUAUAAUAUAAACGUUCCUGGCGCGUGGGUAUCGUCGUAUCAGGAUGCGCCGUUAGAUUUGUAUACGUCGGAAUUUUACGAGAAUAGAAAAAAAGAAAUAGACGAGAAGCUUCAAGAUAUUCGAAGUUAUGAUUCGGAAAAAUUGAGCAAACAUUUGCAGAAUGAGUUUGAAUCGUAUUCUAAGUACAAGUCUAUUUCUCAGGGCAAUAUUUUUGAUGACAGUAACAUCUUCAAGGAAAUAGCGUUUUGCUUAGGCGUAAAAGGUGUGGUUGGAAUAUGCGAACGACUCAUUCACAACUUUUCACUCUGGAAAGCUGGUUUUCCAGAUAUAAUUGUGUGGAAUAUAAAUACAAAACAGUACAAAAUUGUAGAAGUGAAAGGUCCGAAUGAUAAGUUAUCAACCAAACAAACAUUAUGGUUGAAUUACUUAAAUAGAAUUGGAUUGAAUACAGAAGUAUGCUACUGUGAGUCAAAUGCGAGUCAUUCUCGAGGGCGUAAACGAAAGCAUGAAGAAGCUGUGAUAUAACUUUCUAUCAAUGAUUAUACAGAUAUUUUAUAUUUUGCAUACAUGAAAAAGA